AUGCCAACCUACAGAUCCUCGUUCACCGAUCCAACCUUCCGCGUGAAGGGCGCGAUGACACGAGGGGGGCAGUAUUACUCACACUUUGACGCCACCGAAGUUCCUUGCAGAUAUCCGCGCGCCUGGACACGGGCGGUCAAGGAGCAUGUCGCCAAACUCUCCAAGCCAGAUCUCUAUCUGGCAAUCCGGACGCUGGUCAUAACGGCCGUGCUCUAUGCCGGCUUCUACACCGCCUUCCCCUACUACUCCAAGAAUUGGGCUCUGUGGUCGCUCGCCGCCAAAGCGCAUGUGGCCAGAUUUUCGCAGCCAGACCUCUACCUGGCAGUCCGGACUGUGAUAAUCACCGUCUUUUUGUACGCCGGCUUCUUUGCAGCAUACCCCCUCGUCGCGAAGCACUGGGCUCUGUGGGCAAUUGCCAUCUGCCUAAGGGCCGGGCUGAAUGUGCGGAUUAUUAUUAUUGUCAUUAUUAUUAUUAUUAUUAUUGUUAUUAUUAUUAAUAUUAUUAGCUGA